AGCAUGGCGAGACUCAGGCCCAGUCGUCUACUUUUUACUGCUCUCAUUGUGAUAUUCCUCUUCUGGACCCUCUUGGCCCGUUUCUCUUUCGCUAGAGUGAGGGGAUACUCAAUUCUAACAGACCCACCCACAGCUACCAGCCCCGACGUCUCCCAUGUCUCCCACGUCUCCCUGGGAGAGGAAUGCUCCCCCUUUGCCGGCGGUGGAAUGGACAAUGUAACCAUCGUAGUGAAACUCGGAGCAGCUGAGGUGUCGUCAAAGCUGGCCGCCUAUCUCGAUGUCAUCGGUCCCUGUAGCCCGGACCUGCUGCUCUUCUCAGAUCGGUAUGAGACCUACAAGGCCUACACCAUCCUCGACGCCCUUGCCAACCUCCCAGCCGAGUACAAGGGCAACAACCCAGACUUUGCCGCCUACGAUGACAUUCAGCGCUCGAACCGGUCCCUCGCGAAGACGACCGACGGCUGGAAGCUCGACAAGUACAAGUUCUUACCCAUGAUGGACAUGGUCGCGCAAUUGAGGCCUCAUUCGCACUGGUUUUUCUUCGUCGAGCCGGACACCUACGUCAACUGGGACAAUGUCUACCGCUUCCUCGGUGCCUUCGACCCCGACCAGCCCCUCUACUUUGGGUCCCCGGUCUGGCCCCCCAAGAAAACUGUCUUUGCGCACGGUGGCAGCGGCAUUGUUCUUUCGCAUCGUGCUUUGAACAAGCUGAUAACCCACGGGCAGAAGUAUAGGGGCAAGUACGGUACGCCUGGCGCUCACCAGUUUGGGAAGAAUCUCUCCAACGAAUGCUGCGGGGACGAGGUCCUUGCCCAGGUGCUCAAGGAGUGCGGUGUCUCCCUCCGCGGCUACUGGCCCAUGUUUAAUGGAGAGAAGCCGACUACAGUUCGGUUUGGCCCAGAGCACUGGUGCGAGGCCAUUGUUACUUUGCACCACCUCCAGGAAGGUGAUUUUGCGAAACUGCAUGCCUGGGAAGCUAGCCGGCAGCAUCCGUCAACCCCUCUUACUUUUGCAGAGCUCUUCCGUUAUAUCGAACACUCUGUACAGUCCCAAAUGGACGAUUGGACAAACAUGUCCGAAGACGCCACCUUCACCACUCCCCAUUCAGCCGGCGAAUCCUUUGAUAACUGCCUCGACACAUGCUUGAGAGAUCGUAAGUGUGUCCAGUACGAGCACUUUGGGGGUACGUGCCGGCUCUCGUAUACUACACGCAUGGGGCACGAGAGACUACCAGAGGGCAAUAAACGGUGGACGUCUGGAUGGGUCAAGGACAGGAUUGAGGCAUUCAAGGCUGCCCACUCCCCAUGCCUGGGUGCCCAUUUCGUCCAUCCAAAUCCAUGAACAAUCCAGCAUUCGCAGCCAAUCUGGCGACGAAGGCAUCCCCCAUCUCUUUAACGAUUAACCUCCAUUGCAGGCGUUUUAUAUCCAAAGGCAUUACGGUACAUCAAGGUUCAGCAUUACGAACAGGAUAUGGACAGUUUAUUAUCACGGCAUUCUUCUUGACUUUGGGAUGGAUUUGCAUACUACUACUUGAACAUCACGACUCUGC